AGAGAAUAAAAUACUAUGGGACGAAUCAAGAACCUGAGAACAUAUAUUCGCUGCAAUCCCGGUGUGCCUAACUGCACAAAUAAACGAAGGCAAAUCCAGGGCUCAUCAUAGUUGUAGGCCAAGCCAUCAUGAUGAAGGCAUCCUCAUUCACCACACCAAGAAUUCCCCCGGUUUCUUUACAUUCUCUUUCACCUCCUUUUCCCACCAUCUUUCCAUUAAUCUAUUGCCCAUUAUCUCGAUCGCGCGAUGCUGCAAAGCUCUGUGUACUUCUCAGCCUCCCCGCUCAAGUUUCCUCCUAUUCCUCGACCCAACGAACUAGGACCAGUCUUCACUCGAGUAAGCGAGGCAGCAGCAGCAGCAGCAGCAGCAGAGUACAGCUAAGCUAGCUAACUUCCCACUUGCUUAGCUGCUUCUCUUUCUCUCUCGAACUCGAAGUGCAAAGCUUGGUGGAUCGCGAUGGGUCUUGGGGCGAUCCAGUGUUUGGCUUCUGUCCUCGCUCUGUUUCUCUUCUGCCACGGUGGGAGAGGGAUCGAGGUCAAGGACAUGCCGGAGCGGGACGUGACGACGCCGCUGGUGACAGUCCCGGUGACGAACUACCCCACGGCGACGCCGGCGGGGACGCCGCUGCCGGCCGCCGUGCCGUCGCUGGCGCACCCGGCCGCGGCGGCCAUGGCCGGGAGCUGGUGCGUGGCGAACCCGAGCGCGGGCGCGGCGGUGCUGCAGGUGGCGCUGGACUACGCGUGCGGGCCCCAGGGCGGCGCCGACUGCUCGGCGAUCCAGCCCGGCGGCGGCUGCGCCAUCCCCGACACCGUCCGCGACCACGCCUCUUACGCCUUCAACAGCUACUACCAGAAGAACCCCGUCCAGACCAGCUGCGACUUCGCCGGCUCCGCCAUCCUCACCACCACCGACCCCAGCACUUCGUCGUGCAAGUACCCGGCGACGAGCACGGGUGCUUCGAUUCUCAACACGACGAAUCCCUUGACCCCGACCUUCGGAUCUCCUCCUGGACCUCCUGGCGGAUACUACAACUCUCCCCCGGGCUACGGAAACUCCCCUCCGAUCUACGGAUCCAUGUCGCCUCCGGAUUACGGCGGCAGCAUCAACGCCGCCGCCACGGCGAUGCCGGGGCCGGGCGGCAAGAAGAUGACAGCCCUGUUGCCGCUGGCGUGCUUCAUCGUCGCCAGGGUGUGCCUCAAUCUCAGCCUGUAAAUUAAGUUGAGCUGAAUUGGUUUUGUGAUCCGCAAGGCGAGCGAUGCGCUUCGAGGAAUACGAAGCGAAUCAAAGCGGAUUCUGAAGAGUGAAAACAGAGGCGCCGUCGAGGCCAGGGGCAGAAGCAGAGUGGCAGUGGUGCCGGGCAGGGGCUGGUAGUUAAUUAGCGUUGCAGGUGUUUAUAGUUGUAAAUUAGUGUUUGCAGGUUUUCGUGUAUGUUUUAGGUGGAAUGAUUGUGCUUGGGUGACAUGGUUGGCGCGUUCCUGACCGAAAAAGUAUCAUAUGUAAAAACCAAAGUCCUGUGCAUACUUGGUGUUGGUGUUAGAUAGUUAUUCAUAGAAUUUGCAUAGAUUUAGAGCCUCUUUUAUUCCAUUCAGAGGAUUCGUACGCACGUGGUUUCUUCAUGUAGUCCAAGUUGUCAAAGAUUACAUCCAAUCCACCACGUCUCGCUGUGCAGUGUAAAUCGAAACUACUUUGUAUCCAAA